UGAGGGCGACGCCAUUUUUGCUGUAGGGAAACAGCGUAAGCACACUUUUUCCAAGAGCCCUAGCUCGGCUAGCUCUUUUUCCUUUAUGAUUAAAUACUCACGGAUAAAUCAUGGCCAGCGCUUCAUAUACGUAUAAACUGACUGACGAGGAUAUCAAGAACCUGAUUCGCCUGCGAACAACGAACGCGGCCCUUUUUACCAGGAGGAGAAAUGCGGCUAAAACAGCUUGGAGUGCAAUUCUCAGGGAGUUGGGUUUGGAGGACAAGGUAACAGUAGACCAGAUUGCCAAGAAAUGGGAAAACUUGAAGAUGAAGUACAAGGAAAUAAAAUUUCCUCCCCCUGGCAUGGAGGAGGCAGCGAGGACGUCCCAUUGGAGAUGGUUUAAAAUGCUGGACGAAGCCUUAAAGGAGGAGAUAACUGAGACGAGCUACCACUCAUUGCCGUCCUCUGUGAGUGACGAUGACUGUGGGCCACAGGCCAGCAAGAGGAUAUGUCAGGUCAAAGUAGGAGGUGACAUUUUAGAACUGCUGGUGGAUGAUGAAGGUAUAUCAGGGGCCCCCGACUCAGGAUCCACUCCACUGAAUCAAGAGAGACUGCUGGGAGAUGAGACCCCUACACAGCUGUCCGGCCUGAACAUUGAGAAAGUCAAACUGACCAGAGAGCGGCAGCUUCUCGAGAAGGAGCACGCGGAGCUGGACCGGGAGAGACUGGUGUUAGAGAGAGAAAAGGAUCUGGCAGAGAGGGAAAAGAUAGCGCUUCAGAGAGACAGAGUGCAGUUAGAGAAGGACAGGGCCGCAGUGGACAGGGACAGAGCGUCGUUGGACCAGGAUAGAGCCCGGUUAGAAAAAGACAGGGCUGCAUUAGAGAGGGAUAAGGCGGCUCUUGUGAGAGACAGAGAGAGUCUGAAUGCCUCAGUGCAAGGGAAAAACUCCCCUCUAGACACGCCACAUGAGAAGAACAGAGAGAAAUUAAUCCUCUUAAUUGAGCGACUGAUUGAUAAGUUUUGAACAGAAAUAAGCUUUGUUGGUUUAAACCUGUUCACUUCAGUACUAUUUUAUAACAGGCCUUUUUUCACUCAAGUGAAUCUUUCCCAAAUAAAGCUUAGGCUGACACAAAUGUCCAGAUAUAAAUCAGAUUUGCAUCACGUGCAAAAAAGUUUGCAUCUUUAGUUUUGCAUUGGAGAUAUAUGAGGCUAGUGUAGCUAACAAGUAAUGUAAGGUUUAAAAGAUUUUGGGUGACAUAGAUUUCUAUUACAUUUGCCUAUUAAAGAGGUCGGCAACAGAGGUAGGUUCUUUACUGCCCUGUUGCGGGUCCUACAGCAGAAUUAGAUUUAGGUUAAAAUAAUGACGAUAUGGCCUAGCUAGCUAGUAGCUAACGAAAAGACAAAAAUAAAGAUUUAAAAUAAACAUCGAUAAUUUGGAGACAAAUGUUCUUAUUUUCACUUAUAAUCAUUCCAGCUGGU